GCGCCGCUGCCGCGUGCCCCGGAAGGCCCCGUGCAGGGCCCGCUCCGUGUCCGCCGGGCCGUGUCCGCCGCGCCAUGGCCGCGCUGUCCCGCACGCUCGGCAUCUUCGGCGCCUUCGUGGCCGUGGUGGGAGCCGCCUUUUACCCCAUUUAUUUCCGGCCGCUGCUGCUGCCGGAGGAGUACAGUGAGUCCGUGCGCGGGGGGAGCUGGCUGGGCCAUGGCCCGUCUGUGCCCGGGCUUGGGGGAAUGCUGGGGCUGCCACUCGAGAAUGAACAGUCAAUAAACAGAGCUGGUAUUGUUCAAGAGGAUAUUCAGCCUGCAGGGUUAAAAGUGUGGUCGGAUCCAUUUAGAAGAAAGUAAUUGGCAGCUGGACAUAUUGCAAAACUGAAGAUGGACAUCUUCAGCUGCUGCUUCUUUCACUGAAAUGUGUCUUUAGGUGUCACUGAAGCAGAAUUCUGAAUAUGUUGUAUGGGCACGUGAGGAGCAACAAAGGCUACUGGUUGGAAUCCCAAGAGAUAAAAACAUGCUAGUUCUGAGAGAGAAUGCUAGUACAUAGCUCACAGACUGUUAGAAAGCUGAAUGAUUACUGAGUAUAGACAUGAAAUAUUUAUUUCCUUGAGAAAAAGAAAAAGGAUUUUCUUCUAAUCUGUACACUUGUAAAUUAUGGAUAGAAUAAAUCAUGCAGACUGCUGCAAUUUCCUCCCAAGUUUGAAAGUUACAACAUGGUGAGUGUAAAUUUGUACAUUAAAAAAUUAAAACCAAUUUGUACUUUU